CCCGCCCAAAUCAGGGCGAUCAGAUGUUCGGAGCCAACCCCCACAUGCAUGCCCCUUGAUAAUAAUAAAUCCCUCAAUUAUUCGGGAUCUCUCCAUUUGCAUUUGCAGAAGCAGCAAGGAAGCAAGCAGAGGAAAAAGAAAGAAUGGCUGAGGACCAAGCGGAUGACUUCGAUGAGUUCGAUCCCACCCCAUACGGCGGUGGAUUCGACCUCAUCCUCACUUUUGGUCGACCCAUCCCACCCUCUGAUGACACCUGCUACCGUCUCUCGUCAUCAUCUCCAUCUCCAUCUGAUUUCUCAUACCCAACCCCUUCAGAUGCCACCCCAUACUCCUCCAACAUCGAAUACCCCUCCUACUCUUCUCCCCCACAUGAACAUGAACAAGAAGAGGAGGACCAAUCCUCCUAUGGCUACCAACGCCCCAAGCCUCCCCCUGAGGAAGGAUAUGGCUAUGGUGGAAGGCCAGGUGGCUACGGGUAUGAGAGGCCCAAACCCCGGCCUGCUGAGUAUGAGGGUGGGGGUUUCCAGCCUGAUCUGCCCGAUCCCCACCGUCCCGGAAACUGGCCUCCACCAAGACGUGAUGAUGAGGGUUAUGAUGGGAUGAAGCGACCUGAAAGAUAUGGCCGCAGUGAGGAGGAGGAGGGAUAUGGAGACCGGAGGCCCAGCUAUGAGCCACCGCCUCCUUCUUACGAGAGACCAAGCUAUGAUUUCAAAAGGACCAGCUAUGAGACACCGCCUCCCUCUUACGAGAGGCCAAGCUCUGAGAAUCCCCCUGAUUACGAAAGGCCCAGCUAUGAGACCCCUCCUGCUUUUGAAAAGCCCAGCUAUGAGUCUCCUUCUUAUGAGAGGCCAAGCUACCGGCAAGAGGAGUAUGAGCCUCCCCGGAGGUACCAGAAUCCGAGCACUUUUGUGGGAGAAGGGGAAGGCUACGCCCGCCCGAAAUAUGGAGAUGAUGACUCUGAUGAUGAAGAAAAGAAGCGUCGCUAUGGCCGCCAUCACCACCACCGCAAGCACUCAAAUGAAUAUGAUGAAGAGUAAAUGAAUGGACUGCAUCCUUGAAGUGGAUGUCCCUGUGUGACUAGGACUCUAGGUAUAAUGUAUUUUCAUAAUCCCAGGUUUGCUAGACUCUGGGUAGAAUGUAUUUUCAUAAUCCCAGGCUUGCUGCAUGGGUAUGUAGUGUGUGCGAUUUCAGACUGUUUUUAAGUCAUAUGCUAUUAUGAUGAGGUGAAGACAUUGCUUGAACUAUGUUGCUUUGAAUAAGACACUGAAUAAUGUCAUAUCAUGCUUGAAAGAGCUUGCUUUUAAA